CCCAUGUACUUCUUCCUCUCCAACCUGUCCUUGGCUGACAUUGGUGUCAUCUCCACCAUGGUCACAAACAUGAUUGUAAACAUUCAAACUCAUAAUGAACUUAUCUCCUAUGAAGGAUGCUUGACACAGAUGUCUCUUUUUCUCAUUUUUAUUUGUAUGGAUUAUAUGCUUCUGACUGUGAUGGCCUAUGACAGGUUUGUGGCCAUCUGUCACCCCCUGCAUUAUCCAGUAAUUAUGAACCCUCAUCUCUGUGGCUUCUCAAUUUUGGUGUUAUUUUUGCUGAGUCUCUUGGACUCUCAGCUGCAUAAUUUGAUGAUCUUACAAAUUACCAACUUCAAGAAUGUUGAAAUUUCUACUUUCCUCUGUGACCCUUCUCUACUUCUGAAUCUUUCGUGCACUGACACCUACUCUAAUAACAUUGACAAGUAUUUUCUUGUUGCUGUAUAUGGUCUUUUUCCCAUCUCAGGAAUCCUUUUCUCUUACUAUAAAAAUAUGUCCUCUCUUGUGAGAAUCCCCUCUUUAGGUGGGAAGUACAAAGCCUUCUCCACCUGUGGCUCUCACCUGGCAGGUGUUUGCUUAUUUUUAGGAACAGGUACUGCAGUGUACCUUGGUUCAGCUGUAUCACAUUCUCCCAGAAAGCAUGCGGUGGAUUCUGUGAUGUACACUGUGGUCACCCCCAUGCUGAACCCCUUCAUCUACAGCCUGGGGAACAGGGAUAUUAAAAGGGCCUUGAGGAGGCUGCAGAGGUUGACAGUCUGA